CAUGUGCCCGGAUCUCGGGCUGGGGUGGUUCGUACGCCGGCGUCACGGCUCAGCCUCCUCCGGAUCGAGAUGGCGGUUGUAGGUGCUGAGGUGGUGGAGAUGGAUAUCCAGGAGCAGCAGAUAGAUCUUUUAAAAUUUCCUUCAGAUGAAGACCAUUGGAGACUGCAUAAUGCCAAGGUACAUGCAAAACACCGUGGACAUGAAGCUAUGCAUGCAGAAAUGGUGCUUAUUCUUAUUGCCACCCUCGUAAUAGCUCAGAUUGUGCUAGUCCAGUGGAAGCAACAUCAUUGUAGAUCAUAUAAUCUGGUCACCUUGCUGCAGAUGUGGCUUGUUCCUUUAUAUUUCACAGUAAAACUUUAUUGGUGGCGCUUUCUCUCCACAUGGGGAAUGUUCUCUGUUGUAACCAGUUAUGUCAUCUUCAGAGCUACCCGCAAACCCCUUUCUGGAAGAACACCACGGAUGGUCUACAAAUGGUUUCUUCUCAUCUACAAAAUAAGUUAUGCAGUGGGCAUUGUGGGAUAUUUGGCGGUAAUGUUUACAAUGUUUGGCUUCAAUUUAUUCUUCAGAAUAAAGACAGAAGACUCCAUGGAUUUUGGUGUAAUUUUGCUGUUCUAUGGCUUGUAUUACGGGGUCAUGGGAAGAGAUUUUGCAGAGAUUUGCUCUGACUAUAUGGCCUCCACAAUUGGAUUCUAUAAUUUUGGUAGCAUGCCAUCCAGGAAUCUCUCUGAUGACAUUUGCGCCGUGUGUGGUCAGAAAAUAUUUGUGGACAUCAGUGAAGAAGGAAUCUUAGAAGAUACGUACCGCCUCUCAUGUAGUCAUGUAUUUCAUGAAUUCUGCAUUCGUGGUUGGUGCAUUGUAGGUAAAAAGCAGACGUGUCCAUACUGUAAUGAGAAGGUGGACCUUAAAAGAAUGCUGAGUAAUCCGUGGGAGCGCACACAUGUUUUAUAUGGCCAGCUAUUAGAUUGGCUGCGUUAUCUAGUUGCAUGGCAGCCUGUAAUUAUUGGAGUUGUACAAGGGAUUAACUACAUAUUAGGCCUAGAAUAAGAGCCUACCAAUUUUUUUGGCAUGUACAUUAUAACUUAAUCAUUUUAAAUUAUGUAUAUUCUGUAUUUUAUAUUAUUGAAAAUGUUUACUCUGAAUUUGUCAUCUAGAAUUACAUAACUACAAUAUGUUUUCUUGGUACAUUAAUUGCUGAUUAUGGUGAUUAUGCUGUCACUUAACUAAUGUGCAAUAAUGUGCGUUAUUUUUAAAUAAGUAAUGUCAGAUUUUGUAAAAGGGAACCCUCAGUUCUUUCGCAAACAAAUUUGUGGUCCCUUACAAAAAAAGUUGAAUAAAAUUAAAGCAAGGAUGCAUUGUCGAUUUGUCACUUAUUAUACUGAUUUAGAAAUUGUAACUAUUGUUUCAAAGAAAGUUUGACCAUUAGAUGUCUCUAUAUAAUAGCUUAUUAAACGUGGAAUGAAAUUUAUACUUUUUGUUAUGUCAACACUAAGAGCAAUGUUGUAAAAAAAAAUUAUGAUGUAAAUGUCUUUUUGAAUCAACAGAAUUUUAUUCAUGCCCCACAGUGAUUUAUUUUUCAAAUACUUAAUAUUGAAAACCAAUGUUGUAUUUACCUAGUGAAUUGCAAUUUUUUUGCAUCUAAAUUUAUUCUCUAAGAUGUCAUUUAUUUAGUUAUUCUUCUGGUAAUAAAUGCAAUAUAACUUUUUUAAUUACA